CUUUUCUUGCUCGUUAAUCCCCCUUUCAAAUUCUCUCUUCUCUCUACGUUUUGCUGAUAAUUCCAGAUUUUCCCUAUUCAAAUUGUUUAAUUUGUAUCCAUUAAUUUGCUGUGAUUUUGGGUUUUGGUGAUUUCUGCUUGAUAAAUGAUGAUGGAUAUACCAAUUGACAUAAUGGGUGGAAGCUCGAUUGAGGAUGAUUGGGACUUUCCUUCCCUAUCAAACGGGGCUCGGACUAUUGUUUUGGUUGGACGUACAGGUAAUGGAAAAAGUGCCACUGGAAAUAGCAUCCUUGGAAGAAAGGCAUACGAAUCUAGACGCAGCUCAUCUGGAAUUACAAGCACCUCUGAACUUCAAACUACCAUGCUUAAAGAUGGUCAAGUUAUCAAUGUAAUUGACACACCUGGGCUAUUUGACUCUUCUGUUGGACAUGAAUGUAUUGGCAAAGAGAUCGUGAAAUGUAUUGAUUUGGCUAAGGAUGGUGUACAUGCUAUACUUGUCGUGUUCUCUGUGAGGACACGUUUCUCUGCGGAAGAGGAAACAGCACUGCAAAGCUUGCGAGAAUUCUUUGGACCCAAAGUUACUGAUUACAUGAUAGUAGUGUUUACGGGAGGUGAUGAUCUUGAAGAUGAUGGUGAAACUCUUGAACAAUAUUUGGGCCGUCAGUGUCCAGAGCCUCUGAAGAAUAUUCUUAAAAUUUGUAAGGACCGCUGUGCUCUUUUUGAUAACAAAACAAAAGAUAUAACAAAAAAGGAGGAGCAAGUGCAGAAGCUUCUUCAGCUAGUUGACAAGGUCUCAGAAGAGAAUGGAGGAAAACCUUACACGAAUGAUAUAUUUAAGGAACUGAAGAAAGGAGCAAUGAAGUUCCGUCGCCAAGAAAAAGAUGUUGAUUCUUUACAAGGUUAUGACAAGGGAGAGAUAUCAGCAUUGAAAGAGCAGAUGCAUAAAACAUACGAGGAACAACUCAAGCGGAUCACUGAGAUGGUUGAAGUGAAGCUGAAAGCGACAACUGAAAGACUUGAAAAACAGUUGGCCCAGGAGCAUGCUGCAAGGUUGAAAGCUGAAGAGUCGGCCCUUGACGCGCAGGCAAAAUCAAAUGAUGAGAUUCGCAUACUCCGGGAGAACUUAGAAAAGGCAAUGAAGGAGACAGAAGAGCUCCGGAAAAAUAAGUGUGCCAUUCUUUGAUUCAUAUGGCUUUUCACUAUUUAAGAUAUAACUAUGGAUUUUCGCUUGUAUAUAAAUUUAUAUUCUUAUCAUGGUUGAUCAAGUAUUAGUGUUUGGUAUUGAGCGAA